AUGGGUGUCGAUCUGGAUUAUGAGAAUCAUGUUCGGAGAGUUCGCUUUCUCUCAAUUGCAGGUGUUUCCAUCUCUAUUGGUGCAGCUUUCUUUUGUAUUAUAAUAGGUCCAAUUGCCUAUUAUCAUGUUCAGGAAAUGAACAGUAUAGUGCAACAUAAGCUGGAUUAUUGUAAAUAUUCAACUUCAUCUCUUUACAAGCAAAUGAGCAAAGGAAGUUCCGGAAACACUGAACAUGUAAUUGGAAAAAGAAACGCAUAUGAUGGCUAUAGAGCUAGUUAUGGAAGCUAUGGAGCCAAUAGGUUGAGACAGGUGAUGUCAGCUAAUGGAAACUCUGAAGGAAUCUAUAUUCAAGCAGUUCAACAAACUUGUGGUUGCGGCAUUGGCGAAGCUGGGGCUCCUGGUCCAAGAGGAUUUGAUGGGAAAAACGGUCAAGAUGGGCAACCUGGUAGAAAUGGUACAAACGGCAGAGAUGGCAGAGUUAUUCGAAACGAAAGAACAAAAGAGCCAUGUUAUGAGUGUCCAACAGCUGCUAUUGGUGAACCAGGAAAUGCUGGUGCUAAAGGAACCAAGGGUCCUCAAGGUUAUCCAGGUAAAACAGGGUCUCCUGGUGUGAAAGGAAAACCAGGUUCUCAAGGAUCACCAGGACAAAAGGGAGCCAGUGGUCAAUCUGGACAGCCUGGCCGACGAGGAGAACAUGGAAAUGUUGUAGAUAGACAGAGUCCAUCCGGUCCACCUGGACCACCUGGACCUGCUGGUAAACAAGGUAACCCAGGAAGUGUAGGUAGACACGGUCGUCCAGGAAUACCAGGUCCUCUUGGUCCUAAAGGAAUACCAGGUCAAAUUGGUGUUGUUGGUCAGCGAGGACUUCCAGGAGAUGCUGGAGAAAGAGGAAAGACAGGUGAACGAGGAGAUUGUUCUCACUGUCCCGUUCCCAGAACUGGCACCGGAUACUAA